GUUGCUUCAAUUAAAAUUAAAAAAAAAAAAAGAAAAGAAAAGAAAAAAAUAAUAAAUUUUUUUUUUUUUUCUCUCUAAUAUAUGUAUGUAUAUAUUAAAUUAUAUGCAAAGCAAAGGACUGCCUAAGGUGCUCAAAAAUAAUUUCGACCCAUUAUAUAUAUAUAUAUAUAUUUUUUUUUUCAUUUCAUUCAUUUUUUUGCAGUUUUAUAGCUUUACAACUUUUAUAUAUAUGUAUAGGAAAGUCAAUACAUGCAAUGAGACUUCUCGGCCACCAUGAGGGGCCUGGCCUCCCUGCAACUUCUAAAAUCCGCUUAUGGCCCUUACGCAUAAACCCCUAACUGCCCCCUUAUUCCGCCAAAACCUAACCCCUGCUUUUGACAGUGAUAGAUGUCCAAUCCAUUUUGGCUGAGUGUUCCACUACUAUUUAUAAUACUAAGUAAUUGUGAUUCAGGUGCAUCGUGCGAGGGCAAAUGCGGGCAAACGUUGAGCGAGUGCUCGUGUCGGCCGACCUGCGCUUCCCUGGAGACUUGCUGCUCCGACUACAAGGAAUUCUGUGUAGAAUUCUCCCCACAUUCGGGAUCCAUUUUGGGUGGCACCAAUUUUCUCAUCCUCCACUCCACGUUCAACAAAAGCGCCCACAUUGUGUGCAAAUUUGAUGACGACAUUGCUACGACAGGCUACGUGGACGAAAGCCAGCGAGGCCACUGCAUCUCUCCCCUCUUGUAUCAAACGGGUUGGGUUUCUGUGCAAAUCUCCUCCGAUGGCAUCGUUUUUAACAGACACGGAUCGUGGCUGUCAGUGCAUACAGGCAAGCUGAACUCCAAAUUCAAGGCGGUUUUGGUGAACUCCACCAAGUGGCAGUACUACGGCACACCUCAGGUGGGCGGAACUCUGGAGAUGACCUGGAACGCCUCCCAGGUCCGAGCCCAGACAGUCAACAUCGAACUGUGGGGCUACAGGGAAACGGGAAAUCCAUAUUCAGAUGGCUGGCGUGCCGAGUGGAAGUAUCUUUACUCUCUGGCUAAGGGAAGCGCAAACAACGGCAGCUUUGCUUUCGUCCCUCGACCUUCUGCUGAGUUUUCCGACUGGGAGCUUGGAGCGAUCCGGGUCAGCUCCUCUACCAACCAGGACGGAUUGCAAAACGUGGAAGCUGCGUGGAGCGAGGAUCACGCCCUGGCCUGGCACCUGGAGCAAAAGUUCCGUGACAAUUCUCAGGCUUGGGCUCUGGACAAAUGUUUGGCGUGGGACCAGCUUGAAAUGCAGCUUCCCAACUUCCUGGACGAGAUCAUUGACUGCCCUUGCACCCUCGCACAGGCCCGAGCCGACACGGGAAGAUUUCAUACAGAUUACGGCUGUGAUAUGGAGAAAGGGAGCGUGUGCACAUACCACCCGGGUAGCAUUCACUGUGUUCGGGCUAUACAAGCCAGUCCCAGGUACGGAGCAGGUCAGCAGUGUUGCUAUGACAGCAGCGGUGCUCAAGUCCUGACGGCCGACUCAAUCGGUGGGAGCACGCCAGACCGUGCCCACGACUGGGGUUCGCCCCCUUACGUGCACCCUCCUCGGGUCCCGGGUCAGUCGCACUGGGUCUACGACGUUCUCAGCUUCUACUACUGCUGCCUCUGGUCGGACAACUGUCACUAUUACUUCAAACACAGACCCUCCAGCGACUGUCGGCGAUACCGUCCACCAAGCUCAGCCGUGGUGUUUGGAGACCCUCAUUUCAUAACAUUCGACGGCGUCGGCUACUCCUUCAACGGCAAAGGGGAGUACAUUUUGCUGACGUCUCCCGCCAAACAGUUGACAAUCCAAGGCAGAACCGAGCCGGUCCACAAUUCAGGAAAGGCCUGCAAGCUGUCAUCAGUGGCCAUGCGAGAAGCGUCCUCCGACGUUAUGGAAGUACGACUGGUCGCCGGUGAUGCCGACCUGCAAGUCCUGCAAAACCAAAAGCGACUCGUGUUCACUGAGCAAAGCUGGAUGGACUUGAACGGCGUGUUUGUGUUUUCCCCUUCCGCCGCCAACGUGACGGUGAUGUUCCCUAGUGGCGCCGGUGUGGAAGUGCGUCUCCGGGAGGGAACUGUGACAGCCACGGUACUUCUCCCAGAAGAAUUCCGCAACUCUACGCAGGGAUUGCUAGGGAACUGGAACGGGGUGGGCGGCGACGACCUGAUUCCCGCCCAAGGAGGGGCGGCGGCCAAUCACAGUGACGCCCAGGAGGUCUUCAACUUUGGGGCCAGCUGGGCUGUUUCCAACACUUCCACAUUGUUCACAUAUGAUUCCAAAUACCUUUUGGAUACUUAUUCCAAUUCUCCAGGUCAUGACCCCAAUUUUAUUCCAACAUUUUCAAUCCCGGAAAAUCCCGAAGACCCGCUCUACAAUAUGUCUUUGGACAUUUGCUCUGGAAAUGGCUCUCACUUCUGUAGGUAUGAUAUUUUGGUGGGUCGUAGUCCAGAGCUGGGAAAAGCUUCCAAAGUCUCUUUCCAGAGUCACGUUUCUCUGGUACAGAACCUAAAGCCUGUUGUUACCUGCGGUUGGCUGGCGCCACCGACCAAUGGCGAAAAAGACGGUACCACGUACUUGCAGGGAGCCACGGUACGACUGGUGUGCAACGAGGGCUUCGCCAGGCAAGGCGAGGCUGAACGCACCUGCCAAGCAGACGGCACUUGGUCGGGAGCCGGCACCGUCUGCGUCCAAUGCACUUCAAGUAAUAACGCAGUCGUGAUCACUUUGUCUGUGGUCGCAGUUCUACUAUUGAUUGGGCAAAUAGCAACUGGGCUUGUGUUCUGGGCCAAACAUCGCAGAAGGUCAAGAAAUUCCGAAGAUUUCCAUUCAUCUUUUGGCAGAAUUGAGUUGACAGAAGACUAACAAGCAUACUGAAGGGAAUAGUUACCUUUCUCGCACACACCAUAAAACUGUUUGCAUUACUUUAACACACUUAAUAUAAUCAAUCGGGGAAUUGUAUCGUUUCUCAUCUGUACCGUAGGAGUGUUUGUACUACUCUAACACACCUAAUAUAAAAUAAAUAGCACUUACACCAUAGUUUAAUGAAAAGAAAAAUAGAUACACAAUGCCAUCUUAUCACAGAAGCCCAACGUGUGUGUCACAAGCAAGAUUGACGCACUAACUUCAGGACAAGGAGCAGGGCGCUCUGUCCUAAAACAAGUAGCGUCUCGCCCAGCCAGGACAACAAGUUGAUAGCGGGCGCUUGGGACGUCAAGACCCGCGUCGGUCGCUGAGACAACCACGUCCUAGCCACGAAGGAUGAUGCACGAACCUAACCGACCACAUCGGGAUAAUCCCAAGACAACACCCAGCCACACCUUUGGCCCGGCCCACUCCACCGCAGCUUUCAAAAAGACUGGACACUGAGUUAACAAACAGUCGCUGCUCGGAAAGAUUUCUAUGUAGCCUUGUUUUGGAUCCAGCAGGGUCCCUCCUUCGUCUGUUUUUGCCUUGUUUUUUGACCAUUGUCGAGGAAUAAAUUGUCAACCUGUUUUCGGUGAGCCUUCUUCAAACUUUUGGAACAUGAAGUCGUACAAAGGGUUAACACAGGAGUGGAACACGCGGAAUUUUGGUUGACUUACGGAGUGGUAUCAGCAGAGUACC